GAAGAAAAGGAAGCACGGUGGAACCAGAUCGAUUUUAAAACUCAGAGAAUAUUCCUUCUCCCAGAUCUCCUCUAUAAAUAUGAAACUUACAAAAGCAUGAUAAAGCAGAGAUAAAGUCUCCUCAUCCUCAUGUCAGAAUAAUACAAGAUCAGAGGCAUAAGGAAAGAAGCUAAGCAAGACUAGAGAAUGAAGAAGAUCAGCCCAGGAACUCCUCCUCCGAGAUCUGAAGACCAGAGGCUGAAGAAACAAGAACAGGCAGGAGAAAACAUCCUAUUCAGGAACAAGAAGGACGAUCAUGGCUUCGUCACGGCGAACGAAAGGAAGGCAAUAGGGACGGCAAAGAAGGACGAUAAUAUGAUUAAGCUGGAGAGGAAGACGACAGAGGACAUCAAUGAAAGCGCGGAAGCAUUCAUCCAGAAGUUCAGGCAACAGUUGAUGAUCCAAAGGCUCGAGUCCAUUGAGAACUAUGAGAAAAUGCUGGCAAGAGGGCUCUGACACUAAUCUUUCCAUCUGUGUGUGUGUGCAUACCCAUCUGGACAAUUAUUCAAUUUGUUCUGUAAACUUUCGAUUCUUGUUUAAUCUUGAAAUCUCAUGCAUGUUGCAGGGGGACACCCUUUUUGAUUAGUUACUACCUACAAGAGUAUAGUGAUGAACACAACCUUCAUUUGGUUCUUUUUACA